UGCAGAUGAGAGCACAACGGCAAUAGAUUAACAAUAUUCACAAGCCUCGAGACGUGAGAAAGACGGAAGAGGACAGAGAAUGUGGCUGGGCAAGUGGUAGAAGGUGGUUUAAGGGAUGCUUUACACUCGUUGCUUUCUUGAGCUGGUCUUUGCAUGAGUAGGAGGACUCUAUGCACACUGGCCCCGUCUCUCUGUUUUAAGAAGGUCUCCGAUCCUUUGAGGCACGUACUCUGUCAUUUCAACCUUCAUUGGACUUUUCCUCUAAGAUUCUGGAGCAUCUUAUAUCACCUUGUUUUGUCCAAAAGAUUAAGGGAUAUUUGUGUCAAGCAAUGAUUUCAUCACCACUAAAGGGUUUCAAUUGAGAGUUGCUUCAGGUUUCUCAGUCUUCUCUCUCUCUCCAUAUUUUUGUGGUCAUGCAUUGAAAUCAUUAGUUCGUACAUUGAGGGCACACCUGUCUCUUGAAUUCACUCACUUGGAUCUAACCAGAAUUCUGUGGUCAGGAUUUUAAAAAACCUUUGUAAUUUUUCCAGCAUGGAUAUUGGGAUUGUUGCAUACUUGCUUUCACACUGAAACUAAAGCUGAAAGCUGCCCGCACAAGCCAAGGUGAAAAGGAUUUCGAAGAGGUUGGGAAUAAAGCUUUCUCGCUAAUUGCUCAGUGUGGAUCAUCAGGCACAUUUUCUCUGCAUCGUUAGAAGUUCCAGAAAGCAUUUUGACUAGAGGAUGCUGCAGGAGGCCAGUGUUAGAGUGAGCCCAACCUGAUUGCUCUACUCCCCUUCCCCUGCCCGGUCCUCCACAAUCCCAGGAUGCUCUGUCCAUGCCGAGGGAAGCUGAAGUUGCUGGUGGUGUCUCUGAGUUUUGUCAUCCUGUUCACCUGGCUCUACCUGCUCGUUGGGAACUCAGAGAAUGGGCGUUCCCUGCUCCUCUCUGCAUGCCUGGUGGAGUCUACAGAAGCUCGACUGUUGGAACGGGAUGUCCUGGCAUCGCGGGUUCGAGAGGUGGAGGAAGAGAACCGGCAGAUCCGACUCCAGCUGAGCCAAUCGCAGGGCCUGGCUGUCCAGCCUGCUGAGGGUAACUAUGGCAACCAGCAAUGGGUGGCAUCGGCAGACACCGGUCCAGAGGAUGUGGAAAACACAGCCGAGGAACGGGCCAAUCACAGCGAAUGCAUUCGCUCACCCACUGCGGAGAAGUGUGAGUUGAUUCACGUGGCAUGUGUGUGUGCGGGUCACAAUGCCAGUCGGGACGUGGUCACUCUGGUCAAAUCCAUCCUUUUCCACAGGAGAAACCCCCUGCAUUUUCAUUUCAUUACUGACACAGUGGCCAAUCAGAUCCUCAGCACGCUGUUCCAGUCGUGGAUGGUGCCAUCAGUUCAAGUCAGCUUCUAUGAUGCUGAUGAACUCAAAUCGGAAGUGUCAUGGAUACCAAACAAACACUAUUCAGGAAUUUAUGGCCUGAUGAAGCUCACCCUAACCAAAGCUCUGCCAUCCUACCUUACAAAGGUCAUCGUCCUUGAUACAGACAUCACAUUUGCCACUGACAUCGCCGAGCUAUGGGCCAUCUUCCGGAAGUUCACAGAGAAACAGGUGAUUGGAUUGGUGGAGAAUCAGAGUGACUGGUACCUCGGUAAUCUGUGGAAGAACCACAAACCCUGGCCAGCUCUUGGACGUGGGUUUAACACAGGUGUGAUUUUACUUUACCUGGAGAAGCUGCGCAAGAUUGGCUGGGAACAGAUGUGGAGGCUGACGGCAGAGAGAGAGCUAAUGAGCAUGCUGUCAACAUCCCUGGCAGACCAGGAUAUAUUCAAUGCAUUCAUAAAGCAGAACCCAGUUUUUGUACAUCAGCUUCCCUGCUUCUGGAAUGUACAGUUAUCGGAUCACACUCGCUCUGAACAGUGCUACACAGAGGUGUCAGACCUAAAAGUCAUUCACUGGAACUCUCCCAAAAAGCUGCGAGUAAAAAACAAGCAUGUGGAAUUUUUCCGUAAUCUUUACUUGACGUUCUUAGAGUAUGAUGGGAAUCUUCUGCGACGAGAACUCUUCGGUUGCCCCAGUCAGGCCAGCUCAAAGAGCACUCUGCUUCAGCAAGCACUAGAGGAGUUAGAUGAAGAUGACCAGUGCUAUGAUUUUCGGAGGGAGCGAAUCAUGGUGCACAGGGUACACCUGUACUUUCUGCAGUAUGAAUACACACCUACUGAGGAUGGCACAGACAUAACACUGGUCGCACAGCUCUCCAUGGAUAGACUGCAGAUGUUGGAGGCGAUCUGUAAACACUGGGAGGGCCCCAUUAGUUUGGCCCUGUACAUGUCUGAUGCUGAGGCCCAGCAGUUCCUACGCUAUGCCCAGGCCUCUGAAGUCCUCAAGAAUCACAAGAACGUGGGUUAUCAUAUUGUUUAUAAGGAAGGCCAAUUCUACCCUGUCAAUCUGGUGCGAAACGUGGCUCUCCGCAAUGUCAACACACCCUACGUUUUUCUGACUGAUGUAGAUUUUCUGCCCAUGUACGGCCUCUAUGAUUACCUCAGAAAAAGUAUUGUUCAAUUGGACAUGGCCAAUACCAAGAAGGCUUUGGUUGUGCCUGCCUUCGAGACUUUGAGAUACCGCCUUUCCUUCCCUAAAUCUAAGGCCGAGCUGCUGUCUAUGCUGGACUUGGGUACACUUUACACCUUCAGGUAUCAUGUCUGGACAAAAGGUCAUGCCCCAACCAAUUAUGCCAAAUGGAGGACAGCCACAACGCCAUACAAAGUGGAGUGGGAGGCAGAUUUUGAACCGUAUGUUGUUGUACGGCGGGACUGUCCUGAGUAUGACCAGAGAUUUGUAGGCUUUGGCUGGAACAAAGUGUCCCAUAUCAUGGAGCUAGAUGCUCAGGAGUUUGAUCUCAUUGUGCUACCAAAUGCCUUCAUGAUCCACAUGCCACAUGCACCAAGCUUUGACAUUUCAAAGUUUCGAUCCAGUCCCAGUUACCGUUACUGCUUGACGACUCUAAAGGACGAGUUCCACCAAGAUCUUUCUCGAAAGUAUGGUUCUGCUGCUCUCAAGUACCUUACAGCACAGAGGACCAUCUGAAACCAUCUGAAAUGUUUAAAAUGUACUUUAGCACACAAAAGAAUAGCUUGAUCCAGUCCUUUGAGGCUCAAAGGCCAACAUGCUGCUCUGCCACAUGUUAAGGUGUCUCGCGUUACAAACUAAACUGCCCUGCUACAAACCCAUGACUCUGCUCAAUAUAGACUGUAAAACCUGAGCUUUAAUUCUUGUUUUGAUGCAAUUCAUCAAUUCUUAAACCAAUGCCAUCAGUACUACACCCAUCUCAGACUGGAUUGAAACACUAAACAGGGUGGCAAAAACUUGACCGAACAUUUAAACUGCACAAAACAGCAAACACUAUACGUGCUGGAACGUUUGUGAUGACUCACACAAUGCACACUGCUUUAUAGCCUAAAGAUAAUGAUAAUGUUCAAGACCUUUUUUUGACAAUCAGGGCCUUUUCUUCACUUCACAAAGACCUAUGGCUGGUGGUAUAUGGCGCUACGUUGAUUUGAACCUGGCUAUAACCAUUAAUUUGUGUAUUGAUGGAGCAGAGAAAGACAAGAGAUGAAUGAGCUUUCCAAAGACUCUUCUGCUGGACUGAAGUGUUGGGGAGGCCAACAAGACAAGAGGAACAUUUAAGCCUUAUAAUUUCCUUGAUAUUUAAAAUAUUUAAAGUAUUUUUCUUUGUUUUUAAUGAAGAUGAAACAUUUAUUAUGAACAACGACCUACAGCCUAUGUAUGUUUUACAAUAUAAAAAGAAAAUCACAUUAUUUUUUAAUUUAGAAACACUGAUUUGACUUGAAUGCUUGAUUGGGCUGUAAAGAGAAUAUUUUGUGUGGUCUUGAGGUCCUGAAUGUUAGAAAGAUGUUUUGCAUUCCGUUAGGAAUGAUUAGUCUUCUGGUGUGUAACUCCUGCAUUUAUAAUGGUCACAUAAAAAAUUCUGCAUAUGCUUAAAUGAACGUAAACAUCCAACAUCAUAGCGUUUGUGGUUCCAUGAAACAUUUUUUGCCCUGAAUUCAUAUCUUAAACUUUUUUUUUGAUCACAUUUAUCACUGUUAAAGGUUUGCACUACAUAUGUUUACUCAAUAACAUUAUCAAAACAUAGCAUAUCAUUAUGUGUACAUUUGCAUUGAGAUCAACACAAGGGACCAUAAAGAAAAGGGGUAUCCAUUUAAAACUAAGUAUAUUUGUUCUCAGUGAAAAAAAUCAACUAAUGUUUGGUUCUAUGGAACUGGCAAACAAAAUAUUUGAUGUAAAAUGUGUCAUAUUCUGGUCAGCCCGACUGGUCAAAAUCAUCAAAUGUCCAACUGAGCAUCAACUAUUUGACAGGCUGUUUGUAAAAAAAAAAAAAAAAACAUCCCAGACAUUGGUCCUGUCUUUAUAUAACAUUCAUGUCCUGCCACUCCACAAGACUGUGCAGAUUUAAGGUAAAUACCCGUGCCUUUGCUGUGUUGCGAAAACUGGAUAUUGAUUGUACUACUGUACGGAUCAGCGGGGCCUGCAAAUAUACAGGUACUCUAUUUAUUAUUGUUGACUUAAAUCAAUCAUAUUUUUCUAUGUAGGGGACAAAGUGCUUUAAAUAAAA